AGUCAGACGGUUUUGUGGCUCCGUGAGUGAUACUCGCGUUACAACUGUACUGCUCUCGUUGCAACAUUCACAAACGUUUUUUAUCGGUUUUUACGACAUUUCGUGCGUUCAGUUCAGUGUAUAUCCGACUCAAAUAGGCCGAAAGAUAUGAAAUUUGGUGCACUUUUUUUUCUCUGACUGUGAAACGAAUCGUGUGUCGACUUGAGACAUAUAUGUAUCGGGCCAGUAUCAUUUCCCAGUGAGCCAUAUCUAUAUAUUUGCCAUCACGUCAUUCAGUCUGCAACUACUUCUAUAAAAUAUUUAUCGUGAACAACACAAAGCGAAGUGGAGUCGUAUAUUCCCUUUGAUAUCUGCAGUAGUGACGGAAAAAAGUUGUGGAUAUAAAAAUCAAAUUCAAGUGUUGAAAAAGAUUCUUUGAUCAUUUUUUUUCUUCUUCCGUUUGCUUUAAAAGUAAAAGCAAUCGAUAUUAAAAAGUGGAAGAUCGUAUUUUCGUUUUCUUUUCCAUCGGUGAGUGUGGUUCAAUUUCCACCAAAAGUUGGUCGCAUCGUGUGAAUUAUAAACGUGACAAUUUUGUACGGUAUUUUCUGUCGAUUUGAUGUGAACGGCACAAAAACGAAAGCGCAAACAAAAAGCGGAAUACAAAAAUCAAUUCGUUCAGUCAAUAAAUGAUGUGAAUUGAAAUAUCAAAGUCACAAUUGAAUCUAUGGCAUGAAUAAAAGCAUAUAGUUAAAUACAAUACACCAGCAGUAAAAACAACAAAAAGUCAAUAGAGCCAACAAUAUCAAUACAUAGAGUGUGGCAUAAAUAGCGAAAAAAGCUCCGAUUGGUAAAAGUGUAUUAAAAAGUUUAUUAAAUUGAUUUGAAUUAAUAUCCAUAAAUUAAUUAUCAUCCACAGUGAUAACGUGCCUAUUUUCAAGAGCUUUUCCAUUAGACUACCCCGAUGCACGUUUUUAUUGUUAAAAAAUUGAAUUUGUACAAGAAAAAGCGAUGACUUUUAUUUAGACAUAAAAACUCACUCGUGCACAUACACAGAGCGUGAGAAAGAGAGAAAGACACAGUGAGUGCAUUAUUUUCCAGUAUAUUAUGCUGAGUCACAUAAAAGAAGCUCGGCUUUACUUGAAAAGUGCAUUUGGCUGAUGAAAACGGUGGUUGAAUGACAUACGACAAACAAUAGGAUCCAAUAUCAUUGUUAAAAGCAAUUGCACGUGCAUAAUUCACAUAGUUCACCGAAUGAAAUAUGUAUUUCCUUUAGACCGUACAAAAAAGUUUGUGGAAAGAAAGAAAACAACAGCCAAACCAAAACGAACAUACACAUAUAGAUAUUGCGAAGGGAGGAUAUAUUGUAAAAAGCAACAAAACAUAUCUUUUAAUGGGAUUCUUUUCCGUACGUUUGUUGUGAGUGUGUAUGUGUGUUUUCGUUGUGUAAGCAACUGACAUGCAGCUCAAGUUGCGCUAAAUUUUUAAAUAGUGCAUUAUCUGUGUCUAGCCCAAAUAAAUAAGUUGAAGACGUUUCGUGCAAUAGUGGCUCAGUGCUUCUCCUAUCAAAUAUAUCGUUUUAUGCACUGUAUGUAAUUUCAUUUGAUUCAAAAGACAUUCAAGAUCUAUAUAGAUAUACAGAACAUAAACGAUCAUGUGCACUGUAAAAUAUCAAACAAUAUUUUGCAGUGAAUAAUGGCAUCGUUCGCAUUAUGACAAUAGAGUUGAAUCAAAUAAAGAAAGCUCGCUGCUUUGCGGCCAUUAAAAUUGCAGCUGCAAAAUCAGAAUGAGCUCACGUCACGCCGUUUUAUACACCGUUGAGGUGGGUGAUACCAAAUUCACUAUACAUAAGCGAUACCAGAAUUUAAAGCCGAUUGGAUCAGGUGCACAAGGAAUUGUAUGUGCUGCAUAUGACACGGGUACUCAACAAAAUGUUGCCAUCAAGAAAUUAUCCAGACCAUUUCAAAAUGUUACGCAUGCCAAACGUGCAUACAGGGAGUUUAAGCUUAUGAAACUAGUUAAUCACAAAAAUAUCAUUGGACUUUUAAAUGCAUUCACACCACAACGCACAUUAGAAGAAUUCCAAGAUGUGUAUCUGGUCAUGGAACUUAUGGACGCCAACCUGUGCCAGGUCAUACAAAUGGACCUGGACCACGAGCGUAUGUCAUACCUUCUCUAUCAAAUGCUGUGCGGAAUAAAACAUCUACAUUCCGCGGGCAUCAUACAUAGGGACUUGAAGCCAUCCAAUAUUGUCGUCAAAUCCGAUUGCACACUAAAGAUAUUAGAUUUUGGACUAGCCCGAACGGCUGGCACAACAUUUAUGAUGACACCAUACGUUGUGACGCGAUAUUAUCGGGCGCCAGAGGUGAUUCUUGGCAUGGGCUACACCGAGAACGUUGACAUUUGGUCCGUUGGUUGUAUCAUGGGAGAAAUGAUUCGAGGCGGUGUUCUUUUCCCCGGCACAGAUCACAUUGACCAGUGGAACAAAAUUAUUGAACAACUGGGUACACCGUCAGCAGCAUUUAUGCAAAGACUUCAGCCGACUGUGCGCAAUUACGUUGAAAAUCGUCCCCGAUACACGGGCUACAGUUUUGAUCGUCUAUUUCCGGACGUUCUAUUUCCAAGUGAUUCGAAUGAGCACAAUCGGUUACGAGCAUCACAAGCCCGUGACUUACUUAGUCGUAUGUUAGUCAUUGAUCCAGAGGACCGGAUUUCCGUCGAUCAAGCGUUAGUGCAUAGUUACAUAAAUGUAUGGUUCGAGGAGAGCGAAGUAAAUGCGCCCGCACCUGGUCCAUACGAUCAUAGUGUAGACGAGCGUGAGCAUACCGUCGAACAAUGGAAAGAGUUAAUCUACCAGGAGGUGAUGGAAUAUGAAGCGCGCAUCGGUGGUGGCGGUAACGCAGCGGAAGCAGUGGGUGGAAAUGCACGGUAGAGCAAUAAAUUCACCCCUACUCCCCAGCCCUAUUUAAACAAAGAGAGAGAGAAGAGAUGGUGUAACCACCACAGACUCUUUCACUAUCGUUGUAUUCGAAGGCUAUUCUUAAAAACCGAUAAAAGUUUUGCAGCAAAACAAUAAGAAAAUGAAAACAGAAAAUAAGUGAAAAUUGAAUAAUUUUGAGGAAUGAGUUGUAAGCUUCAUAACUAAUUUAUAUUCUCUAUAAUUGCAUUAUCAUUUGAUAAAAUGAUAAUGAGUAUGCUGCUGAUAAUGAUGAAAAUUAACAACCCCCCCCCUCCCCCCUCAACAAACCAACCAGAGUUGACAAAAAUAAAUUACUUAAAAAAAUUGGAUAUGAAUAAACAAUAAAAAAAAACGUAGACUGUAGAAGACGAUGUUAAAAAUGAUGAUUAAACAGAACCUAUACACACGCUUAGGACUUUUAAUACAUUUUUUGUAUAUUGUAAAUAAAAUGAAACAAAAAAAUUACUAGCAAGAGCUGAGCAAACUUAUGCAAUUGAAUUGUGAGAAAGUGUAGACUAUUUUUUUCUUUGUUCAAUUUCGCAUUCAAUUUCGAUAGAAGAAGCAGUGUGUGUUUUUUGUUGUUGUGUUUUUCAUUUCUAAAUAUUUAUUUCUAUCUAAAUCUUGUAUUGUUCGAUUUAAUGAUAUGAAUGUCUGCAACAUUUUGUUUUGAGCUAUUUAUACAUUUUGAGCAACAAAAAUGAUAUUGCAUCAGAUCUCCUUCCAUUCAGUUGAUACAUGAUUUCUUUUGUUAUUGGGUUUUUCUAUUGUUUUCUCUUUUUUUGUUCGUUCUAUUUUGAUCGCCUAUCUUUUAUUUACCUGCUACCCAGUUCGUUGCUGAUUUUCAUUUCUGUUUACAAUUUCUCACAAUAGACACCAUCGGCAACAAUAAUACCAGCCAUAAUAUUUACAAAAUAAGUACGCAAUGAUCUAUAUCUAAUGAAAAAAAAGAAACAAAAAAAAAACAAAACAAGAUUAUGUGUGUCCAACCAAAAUACAACAACAAUUUAGUAAUAAAAUUACAUAACUCUCCUUAACUAAAUAAAAAGAAGAAGAAGAAUGAAAGCCCAAAUGGUAAAAAAGUAGAGUUAAAUUGCAGUAAAUUAUAUUUAGCGAUAUUUGAUUGUAAUGAACAAGAACACAGACAACUAAUGUCAUCAAUAAUGUAAUUAAAAUUAAUGAAAAAAAAAACAAACAUAAAAAACAAAUAUAAAUAGCGAGAAAAAUAAUGAAACAAAUGACAAAACAAAACCAAUAAAAUUUACCCGUAUAAACCCAAA